CCAUAGCUUUCUUGUUUUGCACCUAAUUUUAAUUUACAAAAUCUUUUCUUUGCUUUUCCCUAAAUAAGGCUUUGGUUUUGGUUUUCCUUUUCUUUUCUCCACAGGAAACUACGUUGUUGGUGGUGAUAGUUUAGUUUUGUGUGUGUGUGUCAGAGUGAGAAGUAAUUGUUGUUCUCUUUGAGCAUAUCCUCAAAUCCUAUCUUGACGUAAUCCAUUUCCUCAUCGGCAUAAAAAACCCCAGAAAAAAACAUGUUAUCAUUUACUCUUUCGUAGUCAAUUUUGAUAGGUAAAAACACCUUCAAUCCUCUGUUUUUUAUUAGAACACAACCAAAUUAGUCAAACAGUUGAAUUUUUAAUAUCUGGGCUCUCCGAAGUUCAUCUGCAAAUCAAUUUUUAAUUUCUGUGUAUUGAAAAGACCCUAUGAAAUCCGUUUGAAUCCUAUAUUUUCAUCUAAAGUGACCAGUCUCGAUCCGGGAUUUGUUUGUUUAAUCAUGUCGGGGUCUUUAGAUAAGUGGAGGAACUAUUUCCGUACCGCAAAGGGGAACAUUUUCGAUAUCAUCGACCACGCGGUGAUGGUGGCUGCUUUGGAUUGUCCAAAAGAAUUCAAAUUGAGAAGGGACCGAAUUGCGGAGAAGUUGUUUACCUGUAAAGUGAUUUGGUGUUUAGGGUGUAAGAGGGAGGAGUUGAAUGUUCCUGGUAAUGAUUCUGAUGAUGAUGAAGAUGAUAUGAUUGGUUGUAAAAUAGAUGAAGGAGGUAGAAGUAAAGAAAAUAAGGUUACUAGUAGUAGUGAUGAUCGUGAUAAUAAUAAUGAUCUCCAUGUGAGUAUUGAUAAUGAUAAUCAAAAUCUUAGUAAUUUUAGCUAUGGAGAAGCUGAGGCAUUGACGGAUGAGAUUGAAGAGGAGUCACAGACUGUUGGAGAGGUGUUGAGAAUCAAAGAAAUUCUUGACAACAACCAAGAUGAGUCUGAUUCUGUGUUGUUUGAUUGCUUGAGGAGGCUUCAAUUGAUGGCUUUGACUGUGGAUGCUCUCAAGGCAACCGAGAUUGGGAAGGUUGUUAAUGGCCUCAGAAAACAUGGUUCCAAGCAAAUUAGGCAUCUUUCUCGAAUUCUUAUCGAUGGCUGGAAGGAUUUGGUGGAUGAAUGGGUCAGUGCUACAAAAGCUGUUGCAGUCGUAGCAGAAGGUACUCCAGAUUCUGUAGACCCAUCUGUUCUUGACGAAGAAGAAGGGCUUCCAUCUCCUCCUCUGGAUGAUUUAGCUUUCUUCACUGCUCCAAGUGCUGGAAUAGAGCUCUCAGAGUUUUUCGAUGGCAUGGAUGAUGAUGGAAAUCCUCGGAACAGUGGGGAAUUCAUCAAGAACCGUGAAAAUGGAAGAAAACCACCAGUGGAGCAGCAAAAUAUUGUGAAGCGAAAACAGAGAACUACAGACGAGGUGAAUUUGCAUGCCAAGGAGAGUAACCGUCAACAGUUGAAGAAACAAGAAUCUGUUGUGAAACCUAAUAAACCACCAAGCACCAAUUCUGGACCUGGUAGACCUCCCAAGCAAAAUACAGCGCAAAGAAUAAAUAGUGAAUCCAUGUUGCAUCAAAAAACAGAUAAGGCUGCCAUCCAUAAGAGGCAACUGAAUAGUCAACAAGAUAGAUUCAAGUCUUCAGAUGAAGUUGCAGUCCAAGAAAAACUUGAAGCCACAAAGAGAAAACUUCAAGAGAGUUAUCAACAAGCUCAAAACGCUAAGAAGCAAAGGACAAUACAGGUCAUGGAGUUGAGUGAUCUCCCCAAGCAAGGACUUGGCCAUAGAAAUCAACAUGCAAGGCCUGGGAACAAUAACAGGAAUUGGGCAAAUGGCUGGCGGUAAAGUCUUCAGUUUGCAGCCUGUUUUGAUAGCCUUGGAAGUUUCUUCCAUUUAUGAAGCUGAUGGGAGAAGACCAAACCCUCGGGUGACUGUCUUGCUUCUCUCAAGUUUCAGCAUUAAGAUUUUGUUCACUCCUGAUGGAAGGGUUCAUUCUGAUUCUGAGAGAAAACAACUUUCAGAACUCCCAUCGUACAUUUUCAAACAUUGAGUUAUAGAGACUUACUUUGACAGAAUUAGGGGGUGGGUUAUCUCUUGUUCGUCCAAACUUCUUAAAUUUGUACUCGGAUGAAUUUCUGUAAAGAGUCUUGAUUAUUUGCACCUGCCCAUUAACAUUAUUUUUCCUCACAACUGAACAUUUAUUUGAAAGGAUAAUGUAGUAACUCUGCACAUAAUAAGUGCUCUUUUAUGUUAUGAUAGGUUUCUUUGAAUGAGCAUGUAAGAAGAUUGAAUAUA